AGUCAACAAUGGCAGACAAACCAGAUGUGAGUGAGAUUGCUCAGUUUGACAAGACUAAACUGAAGAAGACUGAGACUGAGGAGAAGAACACUCUACCUACCAAAGAGGUCAUUGACCAGGAGAAGCAGGUGGAACCCUAAAAUGGCUGCCGUCAUCAUUCCACUCAAGCUACAUCCCAGAGGGACUGUUUCUAAAACAACUAUUCUGGAGUGGAUCCUCAUGGCUGCCUAAAUGUCACUGAUUCAAUAAAAGCCAUGUAGACUAAUCAA